AUGACGCCGCUGCCGGGAGCCCCCACCACCCGCUUCGGCAACAUGUACGUGAUCGACGACCCACUAACAGAGGGUCUCGGCGCGGGGACGCCGGCGGUGGGAAGGGCGCAGGGGUUCUACCUCUUCACGGCGCAGCAUGAGCUGGCAGUGAUGCACUGCCUCAACAUUGUGUUCACGGCGGGGAAGCAGAACGGCAGCUACCUCAUCGUCCAGGCAAGGGAUGCCAUCCUUAACAAGGUCAGGGAGUUGCCGGUCAUUGAUGGAGCCGGCCGGUUCCGUGGAGCCACCGAUUAUGGCCUGCUCAGGACGCACUCCUUCAACUCCAGCACCAACAAUGCCAUGCUCAAGAUCGACAUGUACCUGCGCCUGUAG